AUGGAAUGUACUGAUGCCAGCUUCAUCCGCGCCGUGCCUGCCUGGGCCGUGCUCCGGAGCUUCGGCCAAGUUCUCCGAAACACCCGCCUGGAUGCAAAUGAGCUUUACUCGAUGAGUUUUCAGGUGGACUCCAUCGAUGAGUUCUGGUCGCAUAGCUGGCACAGCGUUCUGUUCCUCAAGGUGUGGCUUCUUCUCAUGCUGAAAAACGGUCGCGCUGCUUGCGUGGGCGGUACAUGUGUGGCCUUGCUCCUGGCAUACCUUUCGUACGAGGAUGUCCUGCCUGGAUGGUACAAGGAACCACGACUUCAAGGACCGGGUUACAGUGGAGAGUUCAGAUUCAGUCCAUGGGCGAAUUUGAGCGGAUGCGCUUCAGCUCUGCUCCUCCUGCUCUUCUGGCAGUCUUCGAGCAAGGUUUUCCUGGAUCGUGCCUGCAUCCACCAAGGAAAUGACAGGUUGAAACUACAGGGCAUCCUACAUCUCGGGGCGUUGCUGAAGAAGUCUCAGACGCUGGUGGUCGUGUGGGAUCCGUCGUAUCUCUCCAGGCUCUGGUGCGUUUUCGAGCUUGCAGCAUUUCUUCACGGCCAUCGUGAAGAUCAGUCCAGCUUGCUCAUGAAGCGCUUGGUCAUCAAGCCUUCUGUGCUGGUACCAGUGACUUUCUUGCUCGUGGCGAAUGUUGUCCUCCUGCUUCUCUUUGAAACCGUCCUGCCUGAUACAGAUGUGGUUGCCUUUCUGCGGAUAUUCCUGUUUGCCUUGUCUCAGCUUCCUAACGUCUAUCUUCUCCGGCGCCUCUGGCGAGCGGUUGUGGAUGCCGAGAGGCAGUUUCGCACCUUCAGCUUGCAGAAGGUUAAGUGCUGGUGCUGUUCCGUCAACCACCUGGACGAGGCAGGCAAUACCAUCACCUGCGACAUGGAGAUAAUCAAAGAUUGCAUUGUCGAGUGGUACGGCUCCGCGGAAGAGUUCGAGCGGAGUGUCCGCACCCAUGUGCACGAUGCUUUCAUUGAACAGGUGACCCGCUUUCCUCUCGGGUAUCGGUGGACUGUUGGGGUGACGACGUGUAUUGUUUGGGGACAGCUCGAUGCAAUCGCGGCCCGGGCACAUGGUGGUGCCCACAGUUUGGCAGCCUCUAUUGUGGUUACCACGACGGCUUGGUUUCUGUGGGUCGUGCCAAUGCACUAUUUGGUCUUGUUCAGGAUUGCUUACUGGAUGGAGAUCUGUCAAACGAAGUCACUCGUUGUUCGCUUUGUUGCCACUUGUUGCGGCUACAUUGCCAUUGGGGCGUCUGCAUUUUUCCCGCAUGCCCUUCAAGCGCAGCUAUACCAAGUCAUUCCUCAAGAGCCAGUGAUCGCAGCCGGUUUAUUCUGGGGCGUGACUCUGUGCCUCGCAGUAGUCAGCCGCUACGUGCUUGCAAGGCCCCUCAAACAAGGGCCAGGAGCAACAAACAAAACAAGUGCAGCAUGA